AUUAGUUUUUUCUCAUUUUUUUUCACAGCUUGAAAAAUGCAUUGUGCAUCUAACGCCCUCUCGAUAAAUUUAAGAACGAAGGUUGGAAUAUACAUCGAUUUAAAGAUUAGGUUAUAUUUUCGUGUGUAUCAUCUGUCAGAAAUUCGACAAAAGGAUUAAGGAUCAUGCAAAAGGUUUAAAGCUUGACAAUUAAAAUCAAUCCAUUGUAUCUUUCGUGAUAAAUAUAACGUCAUCAUGGAGGAACAGGGCAAACCGACCAUGGUGUUUCACCCGAUUAUUUCCUCCAUACAGAAAAUCGCCCUGUACGAGACAAAAUCCCGGUUUUAUCUGAUGGGAUCCAACAAUAUGCAGACACGUUUCCGAGUCUUGAAGAUCGACAGGAUGAAACCGAGGGAAUUGAUUGUGGUGGAUGACAAGAGGGAAUAUACUCAAGAUGAGAUAAAAGAUCUCGUUAACAUGAUUGACAUGGGCAAUCGAACACGGGCGAGACAACGCAAUAACGUGGGCGGUGUUGCACGUGUUGUGUCAGCCUUUGGGAUUGUUGGCGAAAAUAGUAAAGAACCUGCACCUAGUUCGGGUAUAUCAGAGGAGCCUGAGCAACAUGAAUUACAAAAGCCACUGCACAAACCAACACAAACUAAAUUCACCUGGAAGAACAUGUGGCAGAGAGAUACUUUCCCCAGGCUAGUGCCAGCUUUUGCUCUUCUUGACAUCAUGGUAUAUCAUGGAUUUGUACGUUUUUUGGAAGGAUAUUAUAUAAUCCUAGUCACGAAACGUCGCCGAGUUGCAGUAAUCGGUCAUCAUACGAUAUAUAAAAUAGAAGAUACAUCAAUGAUAUACAUACCAAAUGACAUUAUACGAAUCUUUCAUCCCGACGAACAGAGAUACGUAAAAAUGUUCCAAAGUAUUGAUCUCAGCAGUAACUUUUACUUCAGUUAUUCAUAUGAUAUAUCACAUACUUUUCAAAGCAAUAUGGCACCACCAACGCAUAUUAAAUCUGAUAUUCUCACUGAUAUGCCUGCUAGCCAAAAGGAAUCUGAAGAAUCAGAAGACGAUUCUGAGGAUUUUUUCAAUAUGUGGGCAUUCAGAAAAGAUUGGCAGACUCAAUGCAAAGGCGAGAAAUAUAUGGAUUACGGUAUACGUAGUAAUCCACAACGUCGUUUCGUGUGGAACUCUCACCUUUUAAAGCCCGUAGAAAAGGAUUUACAUCCUGAAUGGAUAUUGUAUGUGAUACAUGGCUUUAUUGGUCAGUCAAACGUGAGCAUUUUUGGAAGGUCUAUGUACGUCACCGUUAUUGCCAGAAGAAGUAAUAAGUAUGCAGGAACACGUUUUCUGAAACGCGGCGCAAAUUUUGAUGGAGAUGUCGCGAACGAAGUAGAAACAGAACAAAUUGUUCACGACUCUGGCGUGAGUUCUUUAAGUAAAGGACGUUUUAGUUCUUUUGUACAAAUGCGUGGAUCAGUACCUGCUCAUUGGAGUCAGGAUGUUAGUAAAAUGGUUCCAAAACCAACUAUAACUUGUGAUUUGUCCGAUCCUUACGUAGAAACAGCAGGAGCACAUUUUAAUCAAUUAUUGAAAAGAUACGGAUCGCCAAUAAUAAUAUUAAAUUUAGUAAAAAAACGGGAGAAAAAGAAACAUGAAAGUACGUUAAGUGAAGAACUAAGUAUGGCUGUGAAAUAUUUAAAUCAAUUCCUACCUCCAGAGCAUCAUAUUCAAUAUAUAAGUUUUGAUAUGGCACGUAUGAGCAAAAGAAAAAAGGUGAAUGUCAUGGGACGAUUAGCGAACAUUGCUCACAAUGCUGUAUUAAAGACUGGUAUUUAUCAGUCACAAAAUCCUUACUAUAGUCAGAGAAAUCUGUUUUCACCACAAAACAAUAUGAGGAAACUUCACAAAACCAGUUCGAGUUCAACUUUGUCAUCUAAUUUAAAUGACACCAGAAGCUCUAUUAAUACUUUAAUUAAAACGGAUUAUAACAGACAAGCAAGUUCUAUACGUGGUUCCGACUCAAUUACAGAAAUCAAUAAAACAAAUGAAUUAAAUCAAAUCGAGAACAAAGUAAAGGAAUGUUUUGCUAGAAAAGGAACUGUGCAAACUGGAAUUAUCAGGACAAAUUGUGUAGAUUGUUUAGAUCGAACUAAUACAGCUCAGUUUGCAAUAGGAAAAUGCGCUUUAGGAUUUCAGUUAUGUGCUUUGGGUGUAUUAGAAUCUCCUAAACUCGAAUUUGAUUCCGAUUGCGUAAGGAUGUUAGAAGAAUUGUAUGAAGAUCAUGGGGAUACUCUAGCCUUGCAAUAUGGUGGCUCACAAUUAGUACACAGAAUUAAAACAUAUAGAAAAACUGCACCAUGGACAAGUCAAGGUAACGACAUUAUGCAAACUUUAAGCAGAUAUUACAGUAAUACAUUUAGUGAUCAAGAAAAGCAACACACAAUCAAUUUAUUUCUGGGUUUGUUCAUACCUGAAGAAAGUAAGCCUCCCAUAUGGGAAAUUUUAACGGAUUAUUAUCUCCAUCAUCCACCUGCUUGUCACUACUUGCGUAAAAGGAGACUUCUGACACAAUGGUGGGAUAAAAGUGUAUUGAAAUGUCUUCCUUAUGCACUUGACGAAGUAACUAAAUCCUGUUCAGAAAUGAUACAAGUACAAAAUUCAAUAGAAGAAAUGAUUGAUGUUUAUUAUGACUAUCACAGGCCAUACGAAUUGUCUUUGUUAUCCGAAGUAUAUGCAUAUAAAAUAAGUCAUUCUGUUAGAGAUUUUAUGCCACAUUUUACCACUUGCUAUAGUCCAUUCGUUGUUCGUGUACGACCAGGUAGACGGAGAGAAGAAGCAGGUAGUAAAAAUUUAAACAAUAGAAAAAUCCAAUCUAUGACUGGCCAGAGCAGUACAAGUAGUACAACAUCCAGCGCAAGUUCAAGUGAAGAUUCAAGUUCAGAUGAGGAUGAAAGUCAUCAACAGAUAGAUGAUUCUCAAUUAAUUACUUCCAAAGACAGUUCAGAAUUGGUUUCUUUUGAAUUAUUGUUUCCAUCUAUGAAAGAAGUGUACGGCACACAACCGGAAUAUCCAAAGCGCAAUGACAUUAUUCUUUAUAAAAGAUUUGUUCUCAUAGGACGCAAUGCGACAUAUCCUAUAGAUCAUACUAAAUUGCGUUCGAAAUUAAUUCAGCAAGCAUCCUUUCAUGAAUCUGUAGCUCCAGUCAUUACAUUACCUAGUGUUAAAGAUGCAAGCAUAAGUAUAUACGAGCGAUAUGUGAAGAGAGCCACAGUAGGUGGCAUGGCACCAAAUCCAAAUGACAUGAAUAUAUAUGAAGCUUAUGCUUCUCAAUACAAAUUGCUUAUGAAACCAGCGUGCUCAGGAUAAAUUCGAUUAAUUUUGCAUUUUAUAAGUUUUGAACUCAUUCAUCACAUUGUAAAUAUCAAUAAGC